AUGGCGCCUGUUUUGUUAGAACCAGAGUCUCUCAAUCCUGAACAAACCCUUAUACCACUGAAAGCCCCCAAAGAAGAGUUUCCCACUAUCGCGGUCAAUAUCCCACUGACUGACCGACCCUGGCGCCUCCUUUGUCUCUUCGAUACCCUGAACCCUCCUUCAUCCGCCGCCGGCGAAUUAGCGGAUAUCCACCUUCAGCGAGUACUUCAGCUGGCAUGGGUGGCAUCGGUCAGACCUUUUGCCUACUCGACAACCUUCUACAUUGGCGAGGAAUUCUCAAAAGGAGUGUGCUAUGUCACCGAGGCAGCUCAUGUCCCAGGCCAAGCCGUUCAAAUCCACGUGGAUCCACAUGAUAGUGUGAAGGAUAUCUUUGCCCAAAGCAUCACCUCAUUGGAAACUUUGAAACAUGCGCCAUUGUCUAUGAAUGGACAUACGAGCAGCGAUGGGAAGAACUCCCGAUUUGAUGUUACCGUCGUGUACCAGAGGGAACAGCCAAAACUGCCCUCAUUUGGGCAGAUCGCAUGCAAGGGGCAAUGCAAAACAUGUUGUGCUUCUUCCGCCAAUGGGGUUGUUGGGCUAGAUGCUGUGUCCACUGGUCUUCUUCUGACAAUUCAGCAUACCUCCGACGACAAACUGUAUGCUCGUUUGGAGGUUGGAGGGCCGGAAAUUGACCUGCCCUUAGCUACAAGCCUUCUAGAAAGCUUUGAUCAAGCUCUGCGAUCCCUUGAUGGAGCACCAACACAGACGAUCGGUAGUCUGGAGCUAUGUUCGGCCGAGGACCGAAAACAUAUCGCCCAGUUCACGGGAAACCUCGCCCCUCCGCAAGAUUCACUUUUGCACGAGCUUUGCUUGAGACAUGUCAGAACAACUCCAGAUGCACCCGCUGUUGCCUCUUGGGAUGGUGAUCUCACUUACCGCCAACUGGAGGGAGUUUCAUCUCGAUUAGCCCAUUGGCUUGUUGGACAGGGCGUUGGCCCCAACGUGUUUGUUGCGUGUGCGUUCUACAAAUCCACCUGGGCUGUUGUUGCUCGUCUCGCUGUUCUCAUGGCCGGAGGCGCAUACAUCUGCGUCGAUGGGACCGAUCCACCCCCAUAUCUUGCCUCGGUUCUUGAGCGCACCCAAAUCAAAAUCAUGCUUGUCUCCGCUGGACAUAGAGAAAAGUUCGCAGGUCGUGUUGAAACUUUGUUCGAGGUGAGCGAAACCUCGGUCUUGGAUUUACCAUUUGUGGACUCCACGCCUUGCACUACAGUCACUCCGACUGACCCCUGCGUUGUCCUGUUCACGUCUGGUAGUACAGGAAAUCCAAAGGGGAUUGUUCAAGAACACCGCAGCUAUGCAUCCGCAUUGACCGACUACAUCCGAGUGAUGGAGAUGGGUCCUCACAGUCGCAUGUUCCAAUUUGACGCUUAUGCCUUCGACAUUAGCAAUAAUGAUUUCCUGGGUCCCCUCAUGGCCGGCGGUUGUUGUUGUGUUCCCACUGUCUCGCUGACGAUGGAUGCACUCAUGGACGACUUAAACAACCUGAAAGCCAACAUUAUGUUCAUCACCCCUUCAGUGGCCGUUGAUUUAGAUCCCAGCCGUAUCCCCACUCUGAAAAUGAUGUGCAUCGGAGGCGAGCCAGUGUCCGACGCAGUACUGGCCAAAUGGCUAGGCAAGGUUCAGGUCGUGAACCAAUAUGGCAUGGGAGAAGUUGCUUCUCUGUGCGCCUACAAUCGGAAUCUUCAAAUGGGACGAGGUUCGGUCGUAGGUCGACCGGCUACCGGUGCAAUCUGGAUCGUUAGCCCGGACAACCCAGAUCAACUUAUGCCCGUGGGAGCUGUUGGUGAACUCCUCGUUGAAGGACCUCAUCUCUCACAGGGAUACCUGGACCACGUUUCUGGAAAAUCCGAAAACUUCCUCGCCAACCCACCUAUCUGGAUGAACCAACUUCACACAGAGCGACCUAACCAUCGACUCUACCGCUCUGGCGACCUGGGUCGCUACAAUCACGAUGGCACGAUCCAGCUCAUGGGCCGCAAAGACAGCAUGUUGAAACUAGACGGAGCCCGCGUCGAAGCCGGACAAGUCGAGUACGUUCUCCGACGGAAUCUCACUACAGGCGAUGCAGCUGUCGUUGAUGUCCUAGGCGCCGUGGAUGGCAAAGGAGAUCCCAUUCUGGCAGUUUACCUAUUCCUAGCAAGCAACCCGAUGAAUGCAACCGGGGGUCCGGUCGAAGAGAUUCAAUUCCGACCCAUCAGCGACAAGCAUGCUGUACAGUCUCUUACGCAAUCUCUUAGUGAUGCUGUCAGUGAGAGCUUGCCUUCUUACUAUAUCCCGAGCCUGUAUUUGCUCGUUGAUAGAGUACCUCGUACAAAGUCCAAGAAGACGGAUCGUCGAAAGCUUCAUGCGCUGGGCCAGGAAUAUUACAUGGAGCAUCGGGCGGAGUUGGAGGAUAUUACUGUCUGGCCUGAGUGGGAUUGA